AUGGAAGUCAGUUCUUCGGGGACAGCCAGCAGUGAUGGGUUCACCCCCACCAGUCUGAACAGCAACGGGUUCGGCAAAAAUCCGAAUACCAAGGACCAAGGUCCGAAUCGUCGCAACGAUGCGCCGGGUUUCACGCGACCCGCGGCCCAAUUGCCGAGCCAGUCGUAUCGUCCCUGGUGGCAUUUGCCGGACCGAUCGACGAAUGAAGGAAGUGCUUCGAAUGCUCAGGUCAAACAGGGUCGCAGGGAAUUUGCGUCCAACUCGGGCAAGUUUGCUGGCGAUGCCCCGGGAGCCAAGGGCGAGCGGCCGUUUUAUUUAUCCAGCGGGAACGCGUACUUGCCUGCGACAUCUAGCAGCAGCAGCGGUAUUCAAAUCGUAGAUGACCGCUUGGGCAAGAUUGUGGGUGGGAACGAGAUGUCGUACGGAUCGUUUCCGUGGCAGGCAGAAAUAGAGGGCUUCAGUGCAACUCAGCGGCGAUGGAAGCAUCAUUGCGGGGGAGCCUUGAUUUCCCAGUGGCACGUGUUGACAGCGGCUCAUUGCAUCCGAGCUCGUCCGAAGGAAUACCUCUUGGUGAAGCUCGGCGAACACCGACUUGACAGCUCGGAUUCACACGAAGAGACCUACAAAGUUGCAAGCAUGGUUCAUCACACAAAUCACCGAGCCAACGGGCCUUACAGUGACGAUAUAGGGGUUCUCAAGCUUGACAGAGAAGUGGAAUUCAAUGGAUUCAUCAAGCCGAUUUGUUUGCCUCAGUCGGAUGAUCAAUAUGUUCCAGGCACGGUUUGUACCGUCACAGGAUGGGGUCUUCAGAAUGAUAAGGACUCGACGAGCUUAUCAAAGACAUUGCUGGGUGCGAAGGUUCCUGUGAUUUCCUCUGAAAUUUGCAAGCAAGAUGCAGUUUACGGGAAACGAUCUCAAAAAAUUCUCGAAGGGAUGAUGUGCGCUGGAUACCUUGAUGGAGGGAUCGACGCCUGUGGUGGCGACUCUGGUGGUCCCCUCUCCUGCAAAAUCAACGGACGAUAUGUUUUGCUGGGUUUGGUGUCGUGGGGAGACGGCUGCGCAAGGCGUGACAGGCCCGGAGUGUACGUCAAGGUGUCGCAUUACCUGGACUGGAUCAUGAAAUCUGUCGAUUCCCUGUGA